AUGCCCGACUCCGCGAGGGCGCUGAAGCACGCAGCCCUGUGCCUGAUGCUGCUGCCCCGGUUCCUGCUGGCCGCCGUCAUGCUCUGGUUCCUGGAUUUUUUGUGCAUAAGGAAAAAAGUGCUGUUGAAAAUGAGAGAGCGACAGGACGACCCGGACGACCCGCCGAUGUGCGUCUCGGACUCCAAUCGGAUGUUCACCUUGGAGUCCCUCCGGGCCGUGUGGUACGGCCAGAAAUUGGACUUUCUCAAAUCGGCGCACCUCGGACGCGCGGCGCCCAACACCGAGGUGAUGCUGCUCCAGGAGCGGCGGCGGGUCCAGAUCCUGGACUGCGUGCGAGGGAAGAGACCCCUCAUCCUCAACUUCGGCAGCUGCUCCUGACCGCCGUUCAUGACGCGGCUGACGGCGUUCCAGCGCGUCGUCAGCCGGUACGCGGACAUUGCGGACUCUGUGGUGGUGUACAUCGAGGAGGCGCAUCCGUCGGACGGCUGGGUGAGCUCGGACGCGCCGUAUCAGAUCCCCAAGCACCGCUGCUUGGAGGACCGACUCAGCGCCGCGCGGCUGAUGCUCGCCGAGGUGCCCGGCAGCAACGUGGUGGUGGACAACAUGGACAACUCGUCCAACGCCGCGUACGGAGCCUACUUUGAGAGAAUUUACGUGGUGAGGGACGAGAGGGUGGUGUACCAGGGGGGCAGGGGUCCGGAGGGGUACCGGAUUUCAGAGCUCACCGACUGGCUGGAGCAAUACAGGGACGAGAUGGCGCAUUCCCAAACAGCGGUGCUCCAUGUGUAGUGAAGAUGCUGAACAUGUGCGCUGCUCUUUCUGCCCAUUCCGCUUAUCAUGAAGUGUCCCACUCACAGUGCAACAUGUUCCAGAUGCUGCUGCUGUCAACGCGUUUCACACGUGGCACGGUGUGUUGUUGUUGUUGUUUUUUCUUGCGUAAAAGAUAUUCAGGACUCUUUGACAGAAUAAGCCGAUAAAGUCACGUUGAAGCCUAAAUGUAUAGACUGGUAUAUAUUGUGCUCGUCUUGACCUUAAUUGAUUUUUGUAUGGAAGAGUCUUGAAUCAGGUGAAACUGGAUUCAAUUAGUAAUCACUCUAUUUUUCUACAAUACCGGCGUGCAUGUGUGUGUGCGAAUGUGUGUGUGUGUGUGUGUGUGUGUGUGUGUGUGUGUGUGUGUGUGUGUGUGUGUGUGUGUGUGUGUGUGUGUGUGUGUGUGUGUGUGUGUGUGUGUGUGUGUGUGUGUGUGUGUGUGUGUGUGCGUGCGUGUGCGUGGGCGUGCGUUCAUGCUGAAGUCUCACUCUGGUGUUUCUGUGAAGUUCGGUUUUUAAAAGGCCACCGCCAGAAAACCGACACUGAUGUUUCCGACACCGGGAGCGGGGCCACGUCAGCGGGAUGCCUUUCCUCCACGAGAUGUUGUUUAUAUGUUGAAACGAUGUAUACUGAACAAAUGUGUUUUACAAAAAAUAAUAAAACAUCAGAUCACCUCUUGAAUGGUUGUGAGAAGAAGAAAAAAACACCGUGAAGAUGUACUCGUUUUUUU